GGCGCUGUCCUUGCGCGCGGCGGGGACGCCGCGGUUAAGAAGCUCGGCCUCGGGCGGUCGGCGGUCGGCGUCCCUGGGCGGCCGCGGAGCGGACCCUGCGCUAUGUUGUCCCGGGCGGCGAGCAGCGCGGGCCGGAGGCUGGGCCCGGCCCUGGGCGUCCUGGGCUCCCGGCAGAAGCACAGCCUCCCGGACCUGCCUUACGACUAUGGCGCCCUGGAGCCGCACAUCAACGCCCAGAUCAUGCAGCUGCACCACAGCAAGCACCACGCGGCCUACGUGAACAACCUGAACGCCACCGAGGAGAAGUACCAGGAGGCGCUGGCCAAGGGAGAUGUGAAUGCCCAGGUAGCUCUUCAGCCUGCCCUGAAGUUCAAUGGUGGGGGCCAUAUCAACCACAGCAUUUUCUGGACAAACCUGAGCCCUAAUGGUGGUGGAGAACCCAAAGGGGAGUUGUUAGAAGCCAUCAAACGUGACUUCGGCUCUUUUGAGAAGUUUAAGGAGAAGCUGACGGCGGUGUCUGUUGGCGUCCAAGGCUCGGGGUGGGGCUGGCUCGGCUUCAAUAAGGAGCGGGGACAGCUACAGGUUGCUGCGUGUUCAAAUCAGGAUCCACUGCAAGGAACGACAGGCCUUAUUCCACUGCUGGGGAUCGACGUGUGGGAACAUGCGUACUACCUCCAGUAUAAAAACGUCAGACCUGACUACCUGAAGGCCAUCUGGAAUGUAAUCAACUGGGAGAAUGUCACUCAGAGAUACGCGGCUUGCAAAAAGUGACACGCCAUCAUCAUAUCUAGCGUGUCAAGCUCUUUAUGACUAUUUUUGUAGUAGAGUAUAGAAGAUACUAAGAAAUAUCACAGCCUUUGUUAA